AGAACAACCCAAACCAACCAGACAAAUUCAAACCAGAACCCAAGGAGGCUAAAUGGGGGUGGGCAUUGGGUGUUGGAAUCUUCAGCAUCAUCGCCUCAAUCAUCGCCCUCUUUGUCAUCCUGGACAUUGUUUUAUUCCGUAAACACUGCAAAUUUUGUCAAUCAAAUCUACGCUCAUUUAAGAAAAAGAUAAAGAAAAAACUUCGCAAUAGAAAAACUAAGCCCUAUGACCAAGAAUCUAAGUUCCCCAGCCAAGCAAACAUGAAGCCAGAGAAGGCAAACAGUAUCACAACAUCACUUUCUGAUGUCUCACAAUCAUCAGCAGAGACAGUAUUAACUGAAGUUGCUUUGUGAUUUAUUAGGG